AUGGAGAUCCCCUCGGUAACUGUUAGUUCGUGCUCCAGGGAGCAUCAGAAGAUCUACCAGGAAUGGUUCUCCUACGCUGAUUCAGGUUAAGCCGCAUCCUCAUUUCCCCUGCAUACCGUUGUUGCUUCCGCCUCUACUUGGCUAUUGUGAUGCGGAUAUCCGAGUGGGUGGAUCAUUCCCGGAUCCGACUGCAGAUGGCGAUGGACGCAUCACUGGGCCGGAUGCGAUCAAGUUCUUUGCCAUGUCCAAGUUGUCCCGGCCGGAGCUUAAACAGGUAACUCCCUUCCGUACAUUCUAUUUUUUCUUAACCUUGUGUCAUCUGUAAAAAUCAUAUGUUAUAUUUAUUUUAUUAUUUUUUGUAUUCUCUGCUUCCCGUUUGUUUCUUUUCUGGGUUAGCAAUCUCAUGGCUCUAUGACAUUGUUUUCUGUGUUGGUUUGUGAUAACUCUUUUCUAUUAAAGUUACGAACUUUUGUCGGGAUGAUAGCAACUUCUCACUUCAACCCGCAUAUGGAGGGCUUUCCCUCUCCAGAAGGUUUCUUUUGGACCAGACUGCUUCUUCUUAGAUUUCUUUAUUGCUUAAAUACCACUACGGUUUAUUUGAAACUAAUCAUCUAGCCUGACUUAAAAAGACAUCUUAUGAUGUUAUACACCGGUGCUUGCUUAAUUUUUUGAUAGCCUAGCAACUUCUGUUUUCAGAUGUUACUGUGUUAAGCGUCCAUUUUAUACCUGUGUCUAUUCCUAAUGUCCAGCUUAGCAUCGGAUGUUAGUUCAGCAAUUAUUCAAGCCAUGCAUGGAUCACAUAUUUGAUUAACAUUGCUGCUUCUGCAUUCUUGUUUACUGAGUACGUGUUAAUGUAUUGUCAGUGUACCAUCUAUCUUCCUGUUUAAGAUGAUGAUCAUUCCUGUCAUGUUUAUUGUAAUAUGUGAAGAUGGAGUUCAAAUGAACCAUUCAACCAUGACUGAGCCAUGUUAUAGGGGAAUAGUUAUGGUAUAAUGUAAUGACCUGCUGCCGAAAUCUGGUUUGGAUUUCUAUGGAAUAAUUUGAUAAAGUUAUUUUGUGACGAUGUAGUCCUGAAGAGAACAUUUUCUCACCAGCCACUGACCAACCAAGGGUCUCUAUUUUUUUCAAAGGCCUUCUGAGACCCAAAGAUCAAGCAGUAAAAGGCCUAAAGGUAAAAACUGCUAUAUAACGAAGUAUAUAACCCAGAUAUGGUUAUCGGGUUUGGGAUCCCGAAACCCAAUUUUCAGGCAUAGAAAAAAACUCAAUAUAGGCAGUACUGCCAAGCAGUGUACUCUUCGCAUUGUCAUCAAAUGACGAUCCAACACAAAAGACAAUGAUAAAAUCAAGCACUCUCUCUAAAUAUUUAGUAUUGUGCUUUCAUCCAAUAUUUCUUCUGUCCCACUAAUGAAAAAACUACAAAUUGCUAAUAUUUAAGGCGGUUCAUUAAAAAAAGUGGCCUCCUAAGUUUGUAUUCUCCUAGUUUAUGCGCAAGGAUAUUAUGCACAUUGUGACAAUGUAAUAAGCAGGUAAGGUUGACCUUGACAAAAGUUUUCGCUCCAAUGAGGUGCAUUACCCUCACAACAAGAUUCGGCUUGUAAGAAUAGAAAAGAAUCAAGAGCUAUCUUGAGAAAAGAAUGAAAAGAAGGAAUCUUAAAAAAAAAAAGAGAAUAUUAACACAGUUUUUAGUGAACAAGCAUAAAUAGCACAUGCCAAUUAACAAAGACAUGGCAGGGGAUUCUCACAUACCAAUACCUCUCUUUCUCUCGCAAGAAACAAAUGCACUAUAGCAUGCCAAUAAGGAAAAAGUCAAACAAAAUGUGCCUAUCAUACAUGGUUUUCUAGCCGUGUAAAAAAAGGAUAUUUUCUAGGAAUCUAUAUACAAACAGAGAGGAAACAUAGUCCAUGAAACUCAAAUAUGCCUCAAUGAUAGGCCCUUCUACCGUCAAGAAAAUAAAACACCAAUACAUGGUAUCAUAAAUCUAUAACAAGAUGAGGAUAGGGAAAGGCACGGUUAGUACCCUGAUAUAUCUCCUACCUGUGCUUUACUAUAAGUUUUCCAGUAGUUAUUUUCUCAAUUUCUGGCUUCUUGCGUUUGCCUUUGUAUUUUCCUUCCACUUGUCUGAUCUCUGACUUUUUUUUGGUAAUAAGAGGGGUCUUGGUAGCCAUUCGCUUCCUCUAACUUUUUCACAUGGCUCAUGUCUCUGAGGAAUACUGCCUGUUAUUAAGUCCUGUUAUUAAAUUAUUCUCUCUCCCGCCCACUCCCCCUCUUGCCUACAUAUAUAUCUAUUUUAUCUUUUUUCAAUUUCAUGUAAUAUAUCUUUAUCUGAACAUAUCGACAUUUCAUUUGUUUGGUUUUGCUCAUUGGGGGCUGCUCUAGCAAUCUUAUCAAGUAUCUUAAUGUCUUUGGCUGUUUUGUUGAUCUUCUGUUCUCAAUUUGUGCCUCCCGUUGUAUAUAUUUACCCCUCUUUCAAACCAUUUUGGCUGUUUUAUACUGUAGCCGGUCGAAUUACUGCAUUCAGUCAUCCUCUCUUCCUUGCCCUGCAGCCCCCCCGCCCCUGCCCCCCAUCUGUCUCAUUAAAAUGUAACUCUCUUUCUAUCACCUCUACCCCUUACUUUUUCAUUUUUUUUCUGUAUCUUAUUAAUAUCUUCUCUCUGACUCCCUCUUUCUUUAACUACAUCUGUCUUUCUCUUUGUCAAUUUUUUCUGUAUUUAUCUUAUUCUGCAUCUCUUUCUAUUUAUUCAUCUUUCAUCUGUUUUUAGCUCUCUUUUACCUCUUCAAUUCCUUCCUUUCCAUUCUCUCUCUCUCUCUUCCCAAGUACUUCUGUUUCUUCUCCCUGUUCUUCUUAUUCCUCAUCUCUCACUGUCUCUCCAUCCCUCUCUCUCUCUCUCUCUCUCUCUCUCUCUCUCUCUCCAUCUAUCUAUCUAUCUCUCUAUUUAAUCCUGUCUUUUUGUCCAUUUUACCGUAGGUGUGGUAACGCUCUAUCUGUUGACAGCCAUGCAUAUACUUUUUCAUCAGUGGGAUGCUCUUUGGAAACCUGUGAUGGAAGUUUGGACACUCAAACAAUUGAAUUGUUUGGCCAAAGCAAGAUCUUGGUUCAGCACUUUCUGACUUGCACUUUAAUGCAAUGAAUAGGGUACUUGAAUGAAUAGCCCUGUUCGCUUACAAUCUAACAUUUGAUUUUUAAUUUGAAAGCGGGUAUUUGAUAUUCAUUUACCUAAUUAUUUCCCAUCUUUUGACCUACGAAGAUAACAUAAAACUUGAUGCUUUCCUGUGCUUGUGUUGCUGACAUAUCUCCAUCACUCCUAUCUCCUGUCAUGUGACAGGCUAACUGCAGGAAAUUUCUAUUUCUAGUUUGUUCAUGCGGAUAAUCACCUUGUCAUGAGAUUAUAUACUUCUUAGUAUUCAUUCUUGAAGUAAAUAACGUCUGCCAGGUUGCCAUUGUAUCAGUAUUCGUAUCCUAAAAAUGCCUUCAGGGAAUACUCUAUUCUCCUCUGAAGAUUUUGCUAUCUUAGUCUUUGAAAUAUCAAUGAUGAAUCUCCAGCUUUCUAUUUCAUAAUCUACCAUCAUAUCUACAAAAAUAAUUUUGAUUAUACACUCCUUUAAUUUUCUCCACUUCAUGCGGAAGGAAGAAAAUCGAAUUUGUAGUCUCAUUAUUUGUUGGUAUUUUUUUUCUUAAUCGACUUUAGUGACUACUAUAUUUUGUUGGUUUUGAGCCAUACUCUUCCCAAAAAGUGAAUUAUUCUCAGAUGGCAUUUAUAUUUGACUUACAAUUUUUUGUUCUUCACCUUGCGUAACUCAUUCCUUUUUCUUGGUCUAGUGGGAUGAAAAUUUCUUUUUAUCAAAGAAAGUGACGAUAAUUGCGUAAACAUUGCUUUAAUUGCCUAAACAUGGCUGUUCAAAUUCUAUUCCUUGCGACUCUGGAACUUUAGUCCACUAUAUAAUAGAAAUUACUUUCUAAACAAUGUUUUUCAGUUCUACGUUUUUCUUACUUCAUUGGGAUCAUCAAUUGUGCUGAAAUUAUUAAUGUAGUAUGAAUUGUUUUUAUUUACUAAGAGGAAAUUUUCUAUUUUCUUACUUUUUUUAAGCCUCUUGGAUGUUAAAAUAGGCCCCGUUUUCUAUCCGAAUUCAUUGAUUGGGAACAGGCUGAGGGUUCCAGUUCCAAUUUCAUUAGAUGAAAACUCAAAACUAGUGUGAAAUUUUUGAAAGAAUGGAAGAAAAUUGGUGGAUUUCAUUUGACUUUCUGAUUUUGGCCUGGUCUAUUGGCUAAGGGCCUGAUCUCUUUCAACUAAGGUAGAGUCAGGGAAAUGAUGCUCCGUAUCUCAGAAAACCAUAUAAUAUCAGUUAUGAAUUAACGUGGUUUGAAAUGUUUUCGCUGAAGGUUUGGGCAGUUGCUGACUCAAAACGCCAAGGAUAUCUCGCCUUUAGGGACUUCAUCACAGCAAUGCAGGUCGUCAUUUUUGUUUGUUUUAGAAGCUUUUGGGACUUGGAUAAAUUUAAACCGUGGUUGAUCUAUGGUUACCAUGGCUAUUCUUUUGGGUGUGCAGCUUGUUGCUCUGGCACAAGCAGGACAUGAGAUCACUCAGGAAACCCUCUCUUCUGAAGGUAAGAAAAGGGGAGAACUGUCGUACUGCAGGCAAAAAUGUGUUCUUGCAUGCUGUUUGUGAGAACCUUGCUGAUAUUUUGUGAUUAAAGAUAAGUACCAAAUUGCUGUCUUGUGUCAGUGGACUUGGAGAACUUAAAGCCCCCUACGAUGGAUGGUUUGGAUUCACUUUUGGCCGUAAGAUUUAAUUUAAUUUUCUUUACAACCUAUUGAUUUAAAGUUUUUCACUUUAGCUGCUUUUUAUUUUUCUUACUCAUCAAUCUUUUUUCUAGAAAAAUAAAGCUUCACCCAAGAAAAGGGAACCUGACACAGAUGGUAACAAAGUUCGACUUUAAUGACACAAUACGUUGUCAUUUUAUUUGUGUAGCUUUUAAUUAAGUCUUAUUAUUGUCACAGUAGUUCCUCAACCUCCACCACAAUCAGUUCAGUGGUUUUCCUCAAAAUCGGCGAAGAAGGUAAUUUUCUGUGGGAAGGAGAAGAAUCUUAUUACUUUCAGUGUCAUUUUAACUGUUAUUAAUUUCAUAUGGAAUAGCUGAAUAGUGGGUCCUAUUAGCCUCUUUUGCUGCUCCUUGGCAUCAAUGAUGCAGAUUGCUGUUUUGCUUUACCAGAAAGGACUAUGCCAUUUUAUAAGUGCAGUUCAUCUGCUGAGUGGACUCCAUGAAUUGGAAGAAAUAUGUUUUCUAUUUUUCUGGUCAGCCACUUUCUUCCUUGGCUUCAUAGUUUCUCUAUUGCUUAGAUGCAUGUGGAGUCCUACAAGCAGCAUUAGAGUUUUAUGGUCAGCAUUAGAAGUCAGUAGACUUUCUCCCAUGAUGCAGCAUCUGGCAUAAAAUGCGAAAUGUUGGGCGAUUCAAUAUUUCUUGGAUCUAUCUUUUACUGUCUAAAAGAUUAAUACUUGCAUGCACACUUCUUUCUGCAGUCAACUGCAUCUGAUGUAUGAUGAAGUGGUGUACGUGUACACUAUGCUGUCAGACUUGAUUCUGGAGAAUUUUCUGAUGGUUGAUAUUUAAAUUAUAGUUGAUUUAAUCCUUGUUUGAUCGGCUUGAUAAUAUCAAUUUAUUUUAAUUUUCUUAGCAACUGAGGGAUGAGUUAUGCUCACAAAUACACAUGCCAUACCGAUUGAUGCUACUCUAUAAUUUUGGUAAAGUGUAGUACUUAUUCCUGAGACAUCUCCUGCUAGUUUAUUUUGAGUACUGCUGUAAGUUAUGGCUACAUAUUAUUGAAUGACUUGGACAGUGGAAAUCCAAUUUGUUUAAGGGUUGUUUUGUCUUUCAGAAUCGGGGUCGCGAUAUUGUACCAAUUCCAGUUUUGAUUAUUUUUUGAUUGAUGGUUAAUGUUCAGGUGCCAUUGAACUCAGUUACAUCGAUUAUUGAUGGCCUGAAGAGGUUAUAUCUUGAAAAGCUGAAGCCAUUAGAAGUGACGUAUCGUUUUAAUGAUUUUGUUUCUCCUUUAUUGGUGAGUCAAUUUAUAUUUGUAAUUCCUUUGCGUGUCUCUUUUUUUCCAUUAGAAAUUUUGGAACUUAUUUUUUACUAUUAUUUGAUAAAUUCUAUUUCCACCCCAGAUUAAUAUCAUUUUACUUCAAAGAAGAUUUUUGAAGACUGAUUUUAGUAAAAUACUCUUUUUGCAGACAAAUAGUGACUUUGAUGCCAAGCCAAUGGUAAUGCUAUUGGGUCAAUAUUCUACUGGGAAAACGACAUUUAUAAAGCAUUUACUUCGAACAAGUUAUCCAGGUUGCUGCGAGCUGUUCUGUUGCAUGAACAUUUCUCUACCGAAUGUUUGUUUCGGCUUGUUGAAUUCUUUCAUUCAUUUCAGGUGCUCAUAUUGGGCCAGAGCCUACAACUGAUAGGUUUGUUGUUGUCAUGGUAUGUUUUUCGCAUAUUAAAUUUAUCAUUAUGAUUGGCUGAUAUAAGUUUUUGGUAGUUUUUCAUAUUUUAAUCCUUUUGUGUAGUAAGGUGCAAUUUUGAAUGUGAAUGACACGUAUUUUCCUGCUGAUAUCAGCACCGUGCUUUCUUUAUUAUAUAUUUACAUAGGGUCCCUGAAUCAGUACGUUGAGCUAGGAUCUAUUAUUCUGUUGUCAUGAUUUUGAGCUUGCAUGAGUCGUAGGAUGUAUUAUACUAGGAUAAUUUGGGUACAGUUAUUGGUGCCAAAUGUAGACACUGAUAUGAAAGAUAUUUAAAUAUAUCGCAUGUUGAUAAUCUUAGCAUGUAUUCAUUACUAUAAUAAAAUAGAAUCAAUUAAAUCAUAUCUGAAGGUAUUAGAUCUUUCUAUUGAUUUCCUGAAAAUUUUAAAAUCAUUUAGCUAAAAUUUUCCAGGAUAUCACAAAAAUUUCUUUGUUGACUCUGACAGUGUUCUUGUUGAGCUUGUUUCACUUGGGUUUGAUAUUUUCAAAGACUGCGAAUUUAAAGAUGAUGAAUCAUCUCAUGUAAAUGGCUUUCUUCAAUUGGGGAGUCUUGUCCUUGGCCAAAUCACGACAAAAAUGAGAAAUGGUUCCGGAAUGAGAUUUGGUUUUUGUAUUGGCUACAUUUGUCUGCUUUCUGGUAAAGCAACUGGUCGUAGGUAAUCGUUUAGAUUUUUCAUUAAGAAUUAUAGUAAAAUUAAUGCCUUUUUCCCCACAAUAGUAAAUGGUAUACACCGUUUUUAUGCAAAUUAAGUUGCCUAGUUAUUAUGUAUCUUGAGAUAUCAUGGAGACCACUAGAGACGUUCCUAUAAAUAUGUUGUCAUAUUGAGCGAUGGGGAGUACACAGUAGGGGCUUCGCCAUGAAAUACAGCCUACACCCAAUUGUUGAAGAGAAGAGAAUCAAGGAUCUUGUACUGAUUGUUUUAUUAAAUUAGUUGGUUUAGGCGAAUGCAUAGCACCAGUCAUUUAGGUUGCCAUAUUUGUAAGGGAAUUGGACAUGGAUUCAUCAAUGAUCUAAUUUUCAAUAAUCUAUUCUUUUUUAAGCUCUGUACUAAGGACUACAGUUUAUUUCUUGACCAGUCUGGAGCUGAUGGAAGAAGUGUUCCUGGGAAUACGAUAGCUGUGCAAGCUGACAUGCCGUUUAGUGGUCUGACAACAUUUGGGACCGCAUUCUUAUCCAAGUUUGAGUGUUCUCAAAUGCCACAUCCAGUAAGAUUUUAUCACAUAUCCUGGUUAUGUGAGCUUAAGGAUGCAGACUUACCCCUGGCUCUCUCUCCUAUGAAAGCUUCUGGAGCAUAUUACAUUUGUUGAUACCCCUGGAGUUCUUUCUGGAGAAAAGCAACGGACACAACGUAGCUAUGACUUCACUGGAGUCACCUCAUGGUUUGCUGCAAAGUGUGAUCUUAUUCUUCUUUUGUUUGAUCCACAUAAACUUGAUAUUAGCGAUGAAUUCAAGCGUGUUAUUGGAUCUCUUCGUGGUCAUGAUGACAAAAUCCGUGUUGUUUUGAAUAAAGCAGAUCAAGUUGACACACAACAGGUAUCAUUUGCUUACCUUGUGGUAUCAUAUUUCAGUCGCAGUACAUUGUUGUUUUGUCUUCCCAUACUUUUUCUGGAAUUUUUUUUCAGUUAAUGAGAGUUUAUGGAGCUCUAAUGUGGUCACUUGGAAAAGUUCUGAAUACUCCUGAGGUGAUGCGGGUUUAUAUCGGGUACGACCUCCGUCCUUAUAGUGCUUAUUUUACAUUUAGUUUUAGUUCACAAUUGAGACCUGAUUCUUGUGUUAUUGGUGGACUUUCUUUUGCAAGUGGACUUCCUUUGAUCUGUCAUGACUGCUGUCCUUUUGAGUUGAAGUUUGUUCUGUGAAUUCCUAAAAUAAUUCAAAAUAUUGUAUGCCUUUCAUGUUCAACAGAUCCUUUAAUGACAAACCUGUGAAUGAAGAAGCUGUUGGUCCAAUUGGGAAAGAAUUGUUUGAAAGGGAGCAAGACGACCUUCUUGCUGAUUUGAAAGAUAUCCCUAAGAAGGCUUGUGAUAGGAGGGUGAGUUUCCCCUUUCUUAAGCCUGGCUAUGAUGGUGUUAAUUGUUUUCUCCCCUGUCCAAUGCGAAUUUCUCCUGCUUCAGAUCAAUGAAUUUGUCAAGCGAGCUAGGGCAGCCAAAAUACACGCAUACAUUAUUAGCCAUCUUAGAAAGGAGAUGCCUGCAAUGAUGGGGAAGGCAAAGGCUCAGCAGAGGCUCAUUGAUAACCUGGAGAGUGAGUUUGCAAAGGUAAGAAUUUCUCUCAUGCUCUCCAUUUUGCCAUUUUUGACCUAUACUCCUACUUACUAAGCAUAGUAAAUGCAUUUUGUAUUUCAAAUAUUUUCGCCAAAUCUCGUUAUCAUCUCUAGAAUGGCAUUUUCUCAACUUGGAAUGCCUUUUCAGAGAUAUUUUAGUUACAUCUUUAGUUUUGUUGGAUUUAGCUCCAUCCCCAAAAGUGAAACAAUUCAUCCCAACCGUUAAGAUAAAUGUACCCCUAACGCACCCCAACCGUUCAUGGGCCGGCUCUGGGUCCGGGUAUUGGACUUGUGAUGUAAAAGCCCACAAAAUGGUAAAGCGGUGUGGGUGGUGGCGCAGCUUGGCGCAUGGAUUAUCUGCCACUGAAGCAUGCCCUGGCCUUGUCAGUAAUUUUCUGACUUAGACUCGUCGACACAUUGAUAUGUGUGUCAAGUGUUUUAAGACGAUUUUCCCGCUUCUGAAGGAAGGAGUGUCGAUUUAUGUGUUUUGAUGAAUCAAAUGGAUAUGAAAGUGUGUAAGUCAAACUUCCGCUUUUGUGAAUUCAGAGUAUCCUAAUCAUGUCCUGAAACUAUCAAGCGAACAAAUGAACUAAAUUUAAUGGUUUAGAUCAUCAUCCAGGUAUUAGUUCAACAAUGACAUACUAAAUUUAUUCUUUUAAUCUCUUUAUGAUUAAAACAGAGAUUUUUUCCUCUUUUUUAGACUUUUUAAAAAAAAUGGUCUUUCUGAUUCACCCUCAUUUAUUCUACGAUUUACUGUAAUGAAUAAUUUUGGGUCUAAUGAAUAAAUUAUCGGAUGGCAUAUUAACCUCCUGCAGACAACAGAUUCAUAUUAUCUCCUCCCCUUCUUUCUGCUUAGAUUCUAAGGGUUUUUUUGAUUUCUUAGCAUAGAACAGCUACUACUGUUGCUUCCUCUUCCUCUUUCUGUAGAUCCAUGCGACUUUCCCUAAUUUUCUUUCUCAACCGGAGAUGUGGUGUUAAAGUGUUCUGAUUAGCGGAGUCUAACAGGUCCAGAGGGAGUUCCAUCUACCACCGGGGGAUCUCCCCAACGUUGACCAUUUCAAAGAGGUCUUGGCGGGCUACAGCAUCGACAGGUUUGAGAAGUUGAAACCGAGGAUGAUCCAGGCGGUGGAUGAUAUGCUCGGAUAUGACAUCCCAGACCUCCUGAAGAACUUCCGAAACCCUUAUGAGUAA